UCAACACCAUUCGGACAGUGACUUCCGUUACGUUACACUUAGUUUGUCAUUAAGUCGGUGAACGCAAAAGGCAAAAUGAAUUAUUUCUUCCUUUUUAUCUAGUUCACGUCGAUACUGGAUCCUGAGAAAUAUAGAAUUGCAUUUAGACGGUUGAUAUUGCUGAAGUAAUUGCAACUCUGGAGUCUCAACACAAUUAAGCGAAUGACUUGAACAUUUCAAUCAAUGCGUAUAGUUCGGGAUUCAGUAAAAAAUAAUUACUUUGGUCAGGGAGCUGAAUUAGCGGACUUAGAACAUAUUUUCCAAGGUCGUCUGGUCCUUAGGGGCCAAUAGGCUACGGAAAUUAAUGGAAUUGGUAUCCAGAGAUUAGCCGAAUCCUAAGGUCAUAGAUUAAAGUGGGGACAUAACGUCAGUAUUCAAGCCAUGUCUCAGUGAAGACAUUGGUAACAGUGACAUUGGAGACAGUUUUGGACAGACGACGGGCCAAAUAAGAGUGAACAUACGUGUAUGAACUAAACAAAUGCAAGUUCAACAUACUGGAUUAAACGAAAAGACAUUUGGAAACAAAAAGCAAGGGGAAAUUGAGAGAGAAUUAAUAUUAUCCAUGUUCGAGAAAAGGAAAAUUCUACGAGGAGAGUAGUGUUACCCAAAUAUCACUAUAAAAUCAGAUAUCAGAUGUUGCAGAUUCCCCAGUGGUCUCGCAGUUAACGACGUUCAACAAUGAUGUACAUAUUAGUCGUAUGGUGUAGCUUUAUGGUUUAUGUUGCAAAUGGGUGUCAGGAUGAACAUUACUACAGCGGUGAAAGCAGAACUGCGGGAUAUUUCUGGUCACCUGACUUUGAUAAGCCGUACCCUCCUCUUGUGAAGUGUCGGUUCUUCUUUGAGGGAUCAAAGGACGAAAGGAUACGUUUCACAUUCAAUGACUUUGACCUGGAAAAUGGGACAAAGGAAGGACAGUGUGUGAAGGACUACGUUGACAUAUACUCAAUAGAUGAUACUGAUUUUAAAAAUCCUUUGAUCAGAGUAUGUGGUAACAAUAAACCAAAUCCAGUAGUAACCCUCCACUCCAGAGCAGAAAUAGUAUUUACGGCUGAUCGGUACUCUAACGGGCAGAAAGGCUUCCAUAUGAAAUAUGAAUUUCUAGAUGAGCGAUGGUCACCGUUCACAUCAGACCAGCGUUGUGGGUCCACCUAUCUCAACGGGAGAGGAGGAGUGAUUGCUUCACCCGGGUAUCCCUUUGCUUACGAUGAAGGGACUGAAUGCUCCUGGAUGAUCCGUGUGGAGGAAGACAAAACUAUUCUUCUGAAUAUUGUUGAGCUGGAUAUAGGGGUAGAAGUUCAUUGCGACAGGUCAGCUGGGUAUCUUGAUAUUUAUAACGGAUUUGCAAGUCUCACUAGGCAAUCGGAUUUGGUCCAACGAUUCUGUGGACAGACUAUUUAUUACAAGGGUGUUAAAGACCUUAGCAUUCGUUCAAAGUCAUUUAGAAUGACCCUCAGGUGGUUUGGUGGCAGAAUUCCUAAUUUGAAGGGCAGCACGGGAUUCAAGCUGUCUUGGACUGAAGUUUAUAUUCCACAAAAAGGCGAGCUUUGUCCCGGUUUUCAAUGUAGAGGGGGCAAAUCCUGCGCUGAUUCAGUGGGUUUGCUGUGCCGCAACUUGCCAGAGUAUUGCAUUGACGAGACGCUUACUUGUAAUGAUCUACCCAACUGUGACAUACUGGACCAAAGUGACGAAGCUCAUUGUUUGACUCCAUUACUUCUUGCAAUAUGCAUAAUACUCCCCCUCUUAGCAGUUGUUGGACUUAUUGUGGCAAUAUGCAUCUUCAGAAGAAAGCGUCGACAUCGAAACACAACACACAAAACUGAAUCAAAGAAAGUAAAAGAAAGAGAUAGAACUUUAGAAUUAGAGAAACUUGACACAAGUCCAAGAUUGACAGCCAGACCAGGGGAACAAUAUUCGAAACCAAUUCGUAAGAAAAGCUCUUGUAGUCCCAAUGGUGACACUGAACGAAAGGGCUCAAACUCGAGUUUACGAAAAAGUUUGACAAAUGAGCUCAAUGUGAAGUUUACUCAUACGAAUCGGCAUACGAUUUCGCCAUCUAUUAAAACCUCUCAUAAAAAGGAUUAUAAAAAGUCACCCGAUCCACCAAUGUAUAAUUACCAUCCUGUCCCAACAUCAAACGGACCAGGAUCAUGUGGUAUAGGCCCAUACGAUGGCUCUGAUGUGGACCAAGACUUAGUGGAUUUUCCUCCUCCACCUUUGGAUUAUCCUCCUCCCAUAGAUUACCCAACAUCGCCUGGAAGUCACACAUAUGUAAAUAAGAACGCUCAAGUUAUAUCGCCAAAUAAAUCUAACCACAGUAUUGUAUAGUAGUCCUCGCUCACGCUGAUCACUUUGUGCAUG